GAUGGGAAUUCGCAUUCACCUUUUGCGCUUUACGGUGGAAUACAAGAGACUUCCUAUUUAACCAACUAUAUAAUUUUUGCGACAUGCAAUCAUGAUAAUAUCUAGUCUCUCCGCACCUUGAUCCCGACUUUUCCGUCAAUAAAAUCGAAAAACUUAAGAUGGCAACACCUCAAGCUCUUCAUCAUGCCCUCCUUCGACCAUGCGUUCUACACAUCCUCCGCGCAGCAGGUUAUCACUCAACGCGAUCCUCAGUUCUUGAUACCAUAACCGAUUUAGCUGCUCGUUAUAUGUACAUACUUGCACAAUCAACGGCAGCGCAUGCCGAUCUAAACCAUGCGGAUCUCGACAUCACGAUUUCAGACGUACGAAUGGCCAUGCAAGAUUGUGGAGCUCUUAUGCCAGAGAAGGCAAUAGAGGAACAGGAAUUCUAUGGCGAAGAAGACAUGAGAGGCGUGGAAGGGUUUUUAGCCUGGGCAAUGGGGGAGGGAAAUAAAGAGAUUAGGAGGAUUGCGUUGGCAGAUGGAGGGGAAGAUUAUCUUACUGCUCUCAAGAAGAAGCAUAACACAACCGAUGAGGAUUCACGAUAUCAUGGGACAUUAUUAGGAAGGCCUGCCGAACCUCGAAUAGUGAAAGUCGAGGGAGGAGAGAUUACAAGUGUGAAAGAGUGGGCAGAUCGGAUGAAACCAAUACCAAAGCAGAUUGAGGAAACACCUUCCACUAGAGAGGCAUCUUCAGCUCUAAGUUCUGUUGGGGAUCAAGUUAUGGAAAAUAUGGAGUUUUAAUACCAUAAGGGAAUGGUCGCUUUGAUUUUCGGGCAUGGCGACGGAGUUUGGGUUAUUUGGCAGAUAUAAUACAUGGCAAGGUGGGAUCGUGGCA